ACUAUGCACCCCUGGCACAUCCACCGCUCACCAAGACAUCAACAAAAUCCAGGACAACAUUUUCGGCCAACCACGCCCAAGGAAGGGCCCAGGAGGCCAGGAUCUAUUCCCACUCCACACACGAGAGGGGAGACAUAGUGCAUGACACCCAAGCAGACGUGCCCUCAACCCAAUGGCUUGAGGCGCAACUUGCGUUCAAAGUUUCGAUGGUUCACGGGAUUCUGCAAUUCACACCAAAAUUGCUCCCCCGCACUUUGCUGCCCUCUUGUUGCCAAGUCUGUGGUUAGAAUCACUCCUUCUAUUUCUCCCUUCCAUUUUAGGAUCUUGAUUGCUGGAGUGUGGAAACCCGGCCCUGUCUGUUGCCACCAUGCCAUGAGGCCCCUGAACAACAAUCUUAACCGCCUCUUCUCCGAGGUGGUCUCCUCAGGUUUCAAGGGAAAGCAGCUUGAAGGGAAACCUACUGGCCUCUUUAAGGGUAUACCAUCUGUAUCCUUCACCAACAAGGAUAUUAAAGACCUCUCAUCCAGAUUCAAGCAUGCCUUGGUAGCCAAGUUCCAGUCCAGACCGUCCUUCACGACCAUGAGAAAUUUCAUGCAGCAGCUUGGCCUUCAAGGUAAAUUCAAUAUCUCCACAUUAUCUCACCAAAGAUUUCUCCUUAAUCUGGAGCUAGAAGAAGACUAUUUACGUCUUUUCAUGAGGAGAUCAUGGAGAGUGCAUGGCUAUAAUAUGACUCUCACAAAAUGGAGUCCUUCCCUCUCCCAAGAAUCUGAGAGCCCUAUCAUGCCCAUAUGGAUCUCAAUCCCCAACCUGCCCAUCCAUCUUCAUGACAAAAGGGCUCUACUUAUAAUAGCCUCCACCAUUGGACACCCUCUCAAGGUUGAUUCUUGCACCCUAAAUUUCUCUAGACCUCAACUUGCCAGAUGCUGUGUUGAGGUGGACAUCUCCUCUCUAAGGCAUUUGCACGAAAACAUCCUUCACUCCCCCAUCCUUGAGGAAGUUGAGGAGCCUACAAUGUACAGCCUUGCUAUUGUUCCCUACGAAGGGGCAACCCUACUGGUGGAUGAUGUGCCUGAGGUGGGGUUUUUCAACAACCCCAUGGAUAUUGAGGAAACAAUUUUAGCUUUAGAUGAUUUCCCUCCUUUACCAAAAAAGGGUAAUACAGGAGUUCCCAACAGCCCCAAAGCUUCUAAAUCCAGUGGUAAGGCAGUUAUAGAGCAUGAACAAACCAUCUCAUGCUCCUUCUCCACCCCGGGAGAGUCAUCAUCUAUAUGGAUCUCUAGUAUCUAUGGGAAACAUUGCAGAAAGGAUAGGGAGAGCCUUUGGACCUCUCUAAGAGAUCUGUUCCCUAGGAAUGACCCUUGGAUCUUAGGAGGAGAUUUCAACACUGUUGCCUCAAUUACUGAACACAAAGGGGAGGUUUGUCCAAAUAUUGGAGGCAUUGAAGACUUUGUGCAAACCAUACAUGACUGUGAACUCUUCUCCCCUCCAUUUUUGGGAAGUCAAUUCACUUGGUUUGGUAAAAGAGGAAGAGGUAGGGUUUACAGAAGGCUUGAUAGAAUUCUCACAAAUGAACUCUUCAUGGACCAUUUCCAGCUCACUGAAAUAAAACACCUGGGUAGAGGUAAUUCAGACCAUAGACCUCUCCUUUUGAAGGCCUUUCCAAAUCAGCAUACAGGACCUAAACCCUUCAAAUUCAUCAAUGCUUGGUGCUCCCACUCCUCCUUUAAUGACCUCCUAAAAUCAAAUUGGCCUGAGAGCUACACAGGAGGAGGUAUGAGAGGACUGGCUCUGAAGCUGUCAAAUUUAAAGAAGGCCCUUAUCACCUGGAAUAAGGAAACCUUUGGUAACAUUUUCGAGGCAGUCUCCAAAGCAGAGGAUAGGGCAAAUAAGGCAGAGGAAAUCCUAGAACAGAAUGAUAGGGCUGGAGGCUCAAUACACACCCACCAGGACGACAUAGCCAAAGAGGCAGUGGAACAUUUCACUAAGGUCUUCUCUACAAAUUAUGAGGGUGAUAUGGAUGGUAUAUUUAGACACCUCAUCAGCAGUGUCUCAGAGGCAGAAAAUGUAGCCAUUGGAGCCAUACCAGAAGAGGAGGAAAUCAAGAAAAUAAUAUGGUCCCUCAAUGCCAAUAGCACAGCUGGAACUGAUGGAUUCAAUGGCUAUUUCUUCAGAUAUUCUUGGGAGAUUAUAAAAGUGGAUGUUUGCAAAGCUGUUCUGGAAUAUUUCUUGGGAAUUCCUAUGCCCAAGGCUUUUGGAAGCACCUUAAUUACACUCAUUCCAAAAACUGAUGGGGCGAUUACCUUGGAUCAUUUCAGACCCAUCUCACUCUCUACUUUCUUUAGCAAAAUAACCUCUAGACUCCUGAGCGACAAGCUAAAAAUGAUCAUCCCUAAUCUUAUCUCCUUAGAACAAGCUGCUUUCCAACAAGGAAAAGGCAUCACCGAGCAUGUUCUCAUGGUCAAGGAAAUGGUCCAACAACUUUCCGCGAAGGUGAGAGGGGGAAACUGCAUUAUAAAGCUUGACCUAUCCAAAGCUUUUGAUAAGCUCUCUUGGAAAUUUUUAAGGGAAUUACUUUUGAAACUUGGAUUCUCUCCUAUUGUGAUUAAACUGCUUAUGGGGAAUUUAGAGUCCACUUUCUUCUCUGUUUUGAUCAAUGGCCAACCAAAAGGUUUCUUUCCCAUGAAAUGUGGAGUUAAACAAGGGGACCCCUUAUCCCCCCUCCUCUUUAUCCUUGCUAUGGAAGGGCUGACCAGAAUGCUCCAACACUGCACUUCAAAUGGGUUAUUGAUCCCUUUCUCCUCUGGUAGAGUCCAUCCUCCUAGUCAUUUACUUUAUGCAGAUGAUAUUGUAAUCUUCACUAAUGUAGAUUCCAGAAAUCUUUUAAAACUCGGGAGUGCUCUCUCCACCUUCAUGAAGGCUUCUGGACAGGAAAUAAACUUUGCCAAAAGCCAAGUUAUUGUCCAUGAAAAAAUGAACCCAUCAACCAAGAGAUGUAUUAAAAGAAUCCUGGGAAUCCACUGUAACUCAAAGGAGUUCACCUAUCUUGGAUCGACUAUAGUAAAGGGAAAGCUGAGGAAAAUUCAUUGUAAAGACUUGAUUGGUAAGUUCGAGAGGAGAAUUAACACUUGGUAUAGCAAGAAGCUAAACCAAAUGGGAAGACUCAUUCUCAUCAAACAUGUACUUUCCUCAAUCCCUUUACAUAUUCUGGCUGCACAAACAAUUCCCAAGUCAAUUCUUAAGAGUCUUAACAGACUAAUGGCAAACUAUUUCUGGGGUGUUAAGGACCAUGGGUACAAAUAUCACUGGCGCAAAUGGGAGAGAAAGUGCUUGCCCCUGGAAGAGGGUGGACUUGGACUAAGGAACUUCACACACUGUCAACAAGCUGCAUCCAUUGAUCUUUGGUGGAAAAUAACUCAUGGACAAUCAAUUUGGAGCAAGUACAUGAAGAUGAAGUACCUUAGGGAUGGCCAAUACAGACCACAUCUUUACGACUCCUACACAUGGAAAGCAAUAUGUAAAAUUGUCCCAAGAACUCUUCCUUUUUGCACAAUCACCCAGGAUGAAAUAACUUGGAAUGAAGGACCCUACAGCUUUCAAAAAGCCUAUCUUUCCACAAUAGAUCACAUGCCAAAGCAAACCAGCUGCUCCUACAUUUGGGACAAGAGGCAGAUGGGAAAGAUUAGUUUAUUUCUUUGGAGGGGAUUAAAUAGGCUUCUUCCUUUUCCAUGUCACCUUCAAAAGCUGAAGAUCUUCAUUCCGGAACUAUGCCCCUUUUGCAAUGAGGUUAACGUAGAUGAGCACCACAUUCUGAUAAAUUGUAACAGGGUAGCAGAGGUGUGGAAAUCCUACGCUUAUGCAGCUGGUGCCCCCUCCUUCACUUGUGAUCUCACCCUCCAUCAAGCCCUGCUAAGCUGGUGGUUUUCUUCCAACAAGUCCACUAUCAAAGGAAACAUUCAUAUGAUCCUCCCAGGACUGAUAACUUGGUCAGUAUGGAAGAGCUACAACUCUAUCAGAUUUGAAGCUGGAAGUUUUUCUCGGGACAGACUCAUGACGUCCAUCAACCUCUUGCUACAAACUUGGUUUUGGGCACACAAAAUGGAUACAACAUUUCUUUACAAUUAUAAUGUUUUUAGAUUUGGUAUUCACACCUUCAAAAAUACCCGAGUGAACUAUUAGCUCUCUGGGCCUGUAAUACUUUCCUUUUUCCCUCUUUGGAUGAAUAAAAGUUUCCUCUUUAA